AUGUCUUUCAAUAGCAACACCAAUGCUUUCUACUCGCCCAGCGAUUUUCCUGAGCUUCCUCAAGACGAUUUGUACAUAGACCAGUUCUUCCCCAGUGACUGGAAUGAAACAAUCCCUAACCAGACUCAUUCCCAACAAAAUCAUAUACAUGAAGAAGAGCUUACUUCCGUGGUGUCUGAGACAAAUCGAAUAAUACCACACCAAUCAGAUUACACUCAGUUUUUUACUACUCCACCACAGACUCAACCGUUUUCGGCACAAUCGACUCCGCAGCUUUUUGGGAACGAGCAAUGUCAUGUUCAGUACUACAUACAGCCGUCAUCCACACAAAAUCAUCCUCAACAAAUCUAUGAGAACCAGUUUCAUAAGCGCCCGUCUCAGCCUCAGCCGUAUCCAUACGUGACUGAUGACCAGGCACAACCUCAGCAACAAGGACAACUCCAGCCGCUACUACACCCGCAGAACUAUAAUACUCUGCCUCCUGGAAAUGUUAGCUAUUCCACUACUCGUAGUGAGGGUCCACGUACAUUUCCAGGAGCCAGAGAGGCAGCACCCGAUCUUACGUAUUCAUGCACAAGCGGAAGACGUCACAGCAGAUCGUCGCGAAGUACAUCUGUGUGCACUGCAAAAAAGGUCAGCGGAGACGAACUUUUGGAAGACCCAGCUUUGCUCAGUCACUCGUGUAUACCCACCGAAAGGACCAAAGACAAGGCCGACAGAUUAUCAUACGAGCCAUUUAUAGAUGCCGAGAAGAGAACAUCGGUGAUGGCGCAUUACAUGGAGACAAAUGGCUACGAAAGACAAGACAGACGAAGCGCUUUGAAUCGUGCUGUAAAUAGAACGGUCCGCGAAGUGACGAUGACCAACGUACCUGAAGCACUACGAACUCUUGCAGAAGGGGAAUCCUUCCUGCAAGUGCAAGAGCCGGAUCUGCACAUCUACAUGUCCCAAAUCAUCGUCAAGCAGGCCGUUGAGAACAAUCUCUUCGCACUUGUUGGAGACAGAAUUCACAAGCUUAAUCCGCGCAGUCGACGUGGCACCGCGGUGCGCAUGGAAGGGGGACAGGUAUACACCAUACAUGGGAUCUGUGCAGGAGAUACCGCUCCUCUUCGCAAUCACGAAGAACAAGCGCGAGGGGGAUUAUGCAUAUUCAACAAACUUAAAGUCGCAAUACAAGAAGCUGCCGAAGGCUUAAAUCAAACGGAGUCGGAACUGAGGAUUAUCCUGGAUUUCGAAUUGGCGGCCAUAAAUGCGGCAGGACUGUCUUCCCGAGUGCUUCUGUGCAGGGCUGCGCAUGGCACCUAA